GUCUUGUUAAUCUUUCGACAGCAUCGUAUGCCUUCGUACUGCCUUCCAACGAGGAGAUGCCUUGAGCAUCAGCAGAAUCAUCGGUCUCAGCCAUAGCCUGAUAUUCGAAGGCUCAAUUUCACCGAAAUAAUGCGUGACUCUGGUCUUCCUGAGGAUGUAGUGAUUAGAAGUAUCGCAGCUGUUGAAGAGUUGCUGCGUGUGAUGGGAAGUUGACGCCCAGACUGGGGAUUUUGGGAUGAACAAGAAAUGGUCCGUGCACCAAGCAACGUCGCGGGACAAACAGCUCCUUCUCCAACUGGGGAAACAAAUCAUGUGUUUGGUGGGGCAGUUUGUUGACAUUGAACCUCCAAAUCCCACGUCAACAUCCCGCAGCUGUCAAAGUGACAACUCGAAUCUCAACGCCUAGAGAGCGCAACAUCCUUACAUAGGAACUCUCAAAACACGAUAUCACCAUGUCAAUGCUCGCCGUCCACCUCGAGCAGAUCGCCAUCUCCUGCGAGGGCAUCGACUCGCUCCCCUUCCCACCCCCCAAAAUCUUCACAAACGCAAUGCUCUACAACACCGACAUCACCUCCCUAAUCCGCGACACCGAAGCCCACGAACGCGCCCUCUUCUCCGUACCCCCACCCCCACCACCGCCAACAACAUCCUCCUCCUCCUCACAAACGCAAGACGCCGCGAAACCCACCACCUCCCGCCGCCAAACCGUCUUCAACGUCGCCUCGGGCGAAGUCACGACCGGCCCACCACCAGGAACCUCCCGCGCAGCAGGCGGCAGCGGCCUAGGCGGACCCCGCCGCCACAUCGCCGUCUCCGCCGUCCUCGGAGGCGAUCUCCACGCCCAGCUGCGCCGCGGCGAGCGCCAGGCCGCCAGCAAGGGGGGCGACGUCGAUGUCGAGGUGCUCUUGCAGGGCGCGACGAAACUGUGCGGCGUGUAUGCUCUCCCUGGCGCGCUCGAGCGGAUCCCGCAGCUGAGGUCGCGGUACGCGCACCAGACGAAUACGCUGGCGUACUACGAGGCCAAGGUUGCUGAGAACCAGGCUGCGGUGGAGAGGAUGAAUAAGGAUCACUGGAUGGGGGAGGGCGACGACGAGCAGUUUGAUGACGAGGAGGAUGAGGAGGAGGUGGUGGGCGAGGAUGUCAUGACGGAAGAGGAUUUGCGGGCCGAGGAGGAGUUUGUGAGGGAGCUUGAUAAGAAGAAGCGGGAGCUGCAGCAGCGGUUGCGGGCGAUGGAGAAGGAUCUGGGGGCGUUGUUGAAUAUGUGAGGGGGAACAGGAGAGAGAUAUUAAACGAGGGCGUUUCUACCACGGUUGUUUUACGAAAUGAUACCCCCCCCCCC